AGAUAGUCAGUUACCAUGGAGCAGCAGGUGGAGAGGUUACGGGUGAGAUUGGUGCCCGCCGGAACGGCGGAGGAACGUGCCAGGAAUAUUAUUGCCAAUGUGGUCCUGGAGGAUGGUCUGGUGCCCUUCAUCGAUGAUCACGCGCCGGAGAAGGUGACCCUGAUCCCCCAGCAGUCAGCUGCUCCACUUUCCUCCGCCCACCAGGAACCACCCAUCCGAUACUACUCUGUUGGACCCUCCACCUACAAGCUGUUGUGUCCACUCUGCCGCGAGAGGAGCCAGGCGGCUGUGAUGAGAGCAGCCAGCUGCAAGGACGCCAGUUUCUGCCUCAGCCUGCUUUCCUGCAUCUUUCCGCUCUUCUGGAUCUGCUGCGUGUGCACCUGGUGCGGGUGCAAUCGGGAGUGGACAACCAAGGGCGUUUACUGCAGCUCGUGUGGCGGCAAAGUGGGGAUCCAGCGCAAGGCCAAGUAGCCCAUUCCGCGGACCAAUUAAAUCGAAAUUAAUGCCAAAUAUUUAUCUGUUCUAUAAUUCUAUUACGCGUCUAACUCAAUUAAAGACACAGUGUAAAUCAA